AUAAAAUAUUUUUAGCCCAAUUGUUUUAAUAAACAUAUCUUAAGCCCAUAAGCCCAAUUUAUCUUCUUCUCUCCAAUAGACAGUCUCACGAGACAUUUUAGCCGUCGACCGUCGUUGUGUCACAACUCACAACACACCACCUUUGUGGGAGAUCAUAAAAAGAGCGAGAACUAACAUUGAAAGAGAGAAAGACGGUGUCCAGCGAGAGAUACAUUGUAUAUCCGAUACGUCGAGAUUUUAUAUUAGUAAGUCCUCGGUCGAAAUCUGAGAAAUUAGGGUUUGCCAAACGAAAUUUGGGGAUAUGGAAGGAACCGUGGACGAGAGAAUUGGGAGUGAAUCGCCGCCGGACGAUUUUGGAUCAUUUAUUCAUGAUCCUGAGUAUCUCGAAUUAAGAGACAUGGUGCGAAAGCAUUCCGCGGAGGCAUAUGACAGGCAUGGUUGGACUGUCUCGGAUGAUAUGAGUGUCUGUCGCGCACAUCUAGAAUCGGGAGGCAUGAGGGAUGGUGAGUUUCUUGUUCGUUAUGACAUUGGCCUCUGCGGCAGACUUGGACUUUAUUGUUACAAUUUUCAGAAGGGUAAAAACCUUGAGUUUGAGGGUGUGAGAAGAAUAUAUACUCAGUAUGCUUCCAAGGUUUUCUUUACAAUGGAGGCCGUGGAUCCAGCCGACAAUUAUUCUCUAUACAGUCUGAGGACGUGGGUUAAGCAUGACGAGCAUGCAGACACCGUGCUAACAACGUGGGAGACAUGCUUUUGCGACGUGAAAGAUGGCGAAGAGGCGGAUCGUGAGUGGGACAAUGAGGCAAUAGAUGAUCGGUACAAAGGUGAAAUGCCCAAAUGGUUUUCUGAUGACGAUCUGCAACAUUGCUAUGUGUUGAAUGGUUCAGAGAUGAUGGACCCUAACCUGCAUCUCUUCGCUGAGUUUGCAUUCUACAAGAAAUGGUGUCAACGGUUUUGGCCAGAAGAUAUUGCGGGAUGCCUACCAUUGGUUAUUCAAAAGGUUGUUGUCAAAACUCGAGGAGAAGCUGAAACAGAGCCGCCUGAGAGGCUCAAGGCCGCUAAUGCAAUCUUCUACAUAUGUUUUAAAUGUGUGUAUGAUCCAGUGACAGGCGAGGAGGCUAAUUAUAGAGCGGUUGUACGAAAGACAAUGGAUGGGAAGCCAGGUCACAUGCGUCUCGAGGUUAUCUGUUUGAGCACCUAAUCAAAGCCGAAUAUUAUCUUCAGUAAUCUUUGCUAUGAGGUUUGACAAGUCAAAUUCGCAACUUUUAUCUUUGAAAUCUAAGUAUUGUAUGCUCAAACUGAUAGAUCUAUUAUAUUUAAAUCGAAGUAAUAUGUAUUCUGAGAUUCCCGUUUCCUGCACAAUCAGUUACAUUCAUAAUUAGAAUCUGCACUAACAAUA